AUGGUUUCAUCGAAAUCGUUAUUCUCGUCAUUGAUCAUCAUCAUCAUCUUCAUUUUAAUAUCAUUUGAUUCUGUAUUCGAUAAUGUGUCCAUUGACGACAUCAUUCUUGUUGGUGAUUCUCGUUUUCAAGAAAAUGGCCUAAUUAGCCUUACUUCUACUUCUUCACCUUCAUCUUCCGGUAGAGCUCUUUAUGGUCAUCCAAUUAGGUUUAGAAAUCAUUCCACCAAUUUCACUGCUUCUUUUAUUUCAAAGUUUAGUUUUACCAUCUCCCCUGAUUCUUCAUAUUCUCCACCAUUGUUUGGGGAUGGUUUAACAUUUAUCAUUACCUCAAACCCUGAAAUAGUAGGUAAUGAUUUUGGUUAUAUGGGUAUCUGGAAUCAAACUACUCAAGAAAAGGGAUUUUAUAUUGCUGUGGAGUUUGAUACUAGUUUUGACCCAAUUCUUGAAGAUAUAAAUGCACCUGUCGUACUAUCUACAAAUCCCCCAGAUAUGGUUGACAGCAAAACUAGUACAUCUUUUGGUUUUGAUCAGGUCCAUGGUAUCCUAAAGGAUACAUCUUUGUUAGAAGAAACAAGAGAAGAUGCGGUUGAUAACCUCAUUGAUCUUCGUAGAAAGAUGAAAAAUGUUUCAUAG